UACUUGCUGCCUUUGCCCUAAAUUUUGUCUACAGAGGAGUGGGGAGAAAAUAACUUCCUAAACAUCUAGAGAAAAGCCUGGAAGCACAAAUAAACUUGCGUCAAUUCCUUACUCUCUUCUUAUAUGAGGGAGGAAUUUUUAUUGGAUACCCUCCCUUCUGGCCAUGCAUAAUACGUGAAUUUCCCAUACUAGUUUCAAGUACUAAAAGUCUGGACUUCUAGGAGCCAUCUAUCUGAAACUAUUCUCCAGACAUGAAAGAACGAUCUAUACAAGCUAAAGUGGACUUUUUACUGUUUAAAUGGUUUGGAAGCUGUUUAUGCAUAGAAUUUGUCAUUCCCCUCCCUCGCUGUGGAGCAUGUAAAUCCUGCAAGAGACUUAUUUUCUCAAAGGAACUUCAGGGCCUAUGGUUUCACCCCUUGUAAACAAUGCUUCAAGCUGUAUUAAUUCCCACAGAAAUCCAGAAGUGCAUUAUAUGGUUUGCAAACUUGGAUUUGAGAUAGAAGACAGCCAUUCUGUUAAUAGUAUUGUGUCUGAAAAUGGUGAAGUAUGUUGGAGAACAAUCACAGAGUUUGUGCAUUACCGUGAAUCAGAUCAAAAUGUGGAUUAUAUAAAAAGUGUGCAGCUGUUAGGACCUUUAUGUGAAUCUGUUCAUUUGCAUCUACAAUCCUUGACCAUGGAACAAUUUGAAGUUCAGUACUCAUUGUGGUUCCAGUGGACAAACUGUACAGAGCUACUUCUUGAAGUGUUUGCUGCACUGGAUAGCAUGGAAGCUACAGCAAUUGCACUUAGCUUAAUGAAACUAACAUCGUGUCUGGAGCGAGCCUUGGGUGAUGUUUUCUUACUAAUUGGUAAGGACUGUCCAUUCCUUUUAAGAGAUUUGCUUGCAUCUCAGGAGCUUGCUGCAGUCUUUGGACAAUCUGUGAUGAAUGUGCUAAGAGUAUUCAUUGGGUCUCCAUAUGGUCUAAAUCUCCGUAACAUUUUGUGGCAUGGAUUUGCUUCCCCUCAAGAAAUUCCUGCAAAAUAUUGCUCUAUGCUGCUUAUUUUAACUGCAGGAUUGGGCCAGUUGCUAAAGAUAUACCUAUUGCAAACUGAAACCAUUUUAGUACAUCGACCUUAUAUAGCCUUCACUAACUUAAAGGAGUUGGACAUUUUUCCAGAUAUUAAUCAUGAAGCACUUUCCUUAACUGAGGAACUAGCAAAGAUAUCCAGUUUUGUAUUAAAAACAAUGUUACCAUUUUGGGUUGCUGCACUAACAGCUUUCAGGCAACACAGGUAUGCUGACUGUGUUAUACUGUUACUCCCUCAGCUGGAAACUGGACUUAGGUUGCUCUUCGCCACUGUUAAUAAGUGUCCAAAUAGACUGCUAACUGCUGAGUCAUCUUCUCUUUAUACCACUUUUGAUGAGAUGCUAACAAAACAGCUGAAUGAUAAAGAGAUCAAUCAGCUUCCUCUAAUUCUUGGAGAGCCUUCAAUGGAAUUCCUUUGGGAUUUCUUGAACCAUCAAGAGGGUCCACGUGUAAGAGAUCAUUUAAGCCAUGGAGAGAUCAACUUACAUGAGUUUCCAAGAGAAAUAGCCAAUCAGAUACUUGCAUUUUCAGUUACACUUUUAUGCAGAUUUUCAAAAGUGGAGGAGCUCACAGCUUUUAAGGAGCACACAGCCAUUAAACCACUGAUCAUCUGUGCAAAUUGCUACCGUUCUCGGUUUCAUCCAAUUGCCCGACUUAAGAAACAGGUGCUGAAGUGUAUGAAGAGCAUUAGUUCAUGGCCUGAGCUUCCUAUAGUGCCUGAAGAGCAAAUUCAAGAAAUUCCAGGGUUGGAAAGAAGUGCAGAAACUAGUCCUUGUAUUUCUAUGACCACAGAAAUCCUCUCUCAGUUGCAACACCAUUUGCCCCAGAAUUGCUACAUUUUAGAUGAUCUAAUGAAUAAUCUUUUAAGUGAGAAGCUACUGGUUGAACUCUGUAGUACGCACAUUUGUACCCUGUACUGCCCACGUUCUGUACUGGAAAUAUUGGUUGUGUUCCGUAAGAUAAGCACACAGUGCCAUCAAGUGUCAGAUCAAGUUAUUGCCAGCACUGAAAUGAGAUACACACAGUGGAUAAACAAGAUACUGCGUUCACGACAGAGGCAUAACUAUCUACGAAUGUUACACAGCAUUAAAUUUCUGUCUCCUGUGUUACGGCUGAUUUUAAUGUUGAUUAUUCUGGAACUAAUUAACAUCCAUACUAUUUGUGAGAAGAAUCCUUGUGAUUAUCAGCAGUAUAUAAAGUUUCUAAAGUCAAUCUUGCAGUAUACUGAAAACUUGGUGACCUACACAAGCCCAGAGAAAAACAAAUGGGAUGAAUCCAUGGAGCUUACGCACAAAGCUUUGAUAAAAAUUAGGACUUUCAGCGAGAGAAAGCUAACAUUAAUGCAGCUAGCAACACAAGUGAAGCUGUCUUGAAACACUUGGUUUCUGUUACAUCUCAAAAUUAUUAUUUUUUAAUGCCUCAAAACUUAAUGUGGCCAAAAUUCUUAGAAUAUUUCUACUCCUUUAAGUGCAGCUUCCAUCAAAAUGCCUUUGAAAGCAGAAUUUGGCAUUUAUGUAGCGUCAGUGUUGCUGAUUGGAGUUGGAUAAUUGCACUUCCUGAAAAUGGAACAUUUGUCAAGUGCACAAUGAGACUCUGAGCUCUUACCUCAAAAUGAUUUGAAAUGUAUCUAUUAUUUAAGUGUACUAUGUGCUUUAAAGCUUGAUUUUUAUUUUUUAUAGUGUACCUGAAAAUGACCAGGAAAACAACUGAAAUAAAUGUAUUGGGAAAAAUAUUGAACUGAAAAAAAGCUAUCAGUGUGGUGAAGCUAAUAUUUGGCCCUUUCCAUGGCCACAUGCGACCCAUUCUCUCUCAUAUGCGCUUAAACAAAUAUCCCCUCCUCCCCCCCAACAACAACAAAAACCAACAAAACCACGUUACACAUUUUGAGUUAACAGCAUUUCCUGAAAUCCUUGUUUGCUAAUAUUAGCACAGAAAUGGGCGAAACUUGGUGUGUGAUUUUUUUUUUUAAGUUUGUUUACAUGCGAAAAUACUAACAUUUUUAAGUUCUCAGCAAUAAGUAUUGAGUAUUUUUUACACUCACUGUUGUCAUGGUACCUUUUUUGAUUAGUUUAAUUUUUCAUUUUAUCUGCUAGUACCAAUCUUUAAUGAUUCAUAGUUUGGGUAGAAAUUUGGUUUUGUACAUUGAAAAUCAGAAAAUAUAAAUGUUCAUCUUGAUCCUAAAAGUGAUAUGUCCUUAUGUUGCAUACCUCAUUUUUAUCUUUGUUUUUCAAAAAUUAUGAAAAUAAAUCUCUCUCUUCUCUCCCCCAAAAAGAAAGGGGCCUGCAUGAAUUCAAUAAACAAGCCAUCUACCGAUUAACAUCAAUUCAUGUGUCUUUCCUAAAGGAUGUAAAACAGAUAAAUGCCUCUUGGUCAGGUCACCAUUUUUUAGUAUUUACAUAUUUGUGCUGUAAGAGGCUUAUUACAAUAACAGAUUGACUUGUUUAGUCUGAAGAUCACUCCAGAAAUGUCCUUUUCUUUUGUAUUCUAAAACCAUUAGCUCGGUUGUAUAGAAGUAUGAAGAUCUUUAUUGGCUGUCUGGUAACUUUGUCACUAGUGUGUGUCAUUAUUCUGUGCAUCCAGAAAGUAAUGUUUCUUUCACAAUUUAAUCAAAGGGGAUCUGGCUAACACCAUUAAAGAUCUGAAUUGCA